AUGAUUUCUCGGAUACCAUUAGCUCGAGCUCUCAAGCGCCCACAUAUCGGCAAUAGAACACUUCGGAUAGUUUCCUUAGCCGCGGAGAAGCUGCAACCAAACGCACUCCCACGCAAUCCACACUUUCGCCCACAACAAGCGAGGCUCUUCAGCCAGCCUCCAUCACAACAGGAGCCUUUGGACACGAACGUCGUCCUUCAAGAUGACGAAAACGCCAGUAUAAAAUUAGACUCUGUGAUUUCGAACAUUGAAAAAUCUUCAAGAUUCAAUCAAGGGAAGGGAGGAGGUCCAUCCGGUCCAAAGGUUCUAUGGAACUUUGAAUUUGCAAAAAGGAGCGUUGAUGAAUAUGAAUACUGUUUGAAGCACUUUUUCAACCAACAUACAGACAAUGAUUCGAUCGAUAAUGGUGGACUCUUAGAUCAAAGUUCAGUAACGGAAGAAAUGAAGAAGCUAUUCUUGUCUUCCCAAACCACCGAGUUGGCGUUUCGUUCCAUGCUAAGGUGCAAGGUACCCACAUUACAGCUGUCACGCAAAGUACGAGAAUGGGAGCGGUAUAUUGGUGCUCUAGGAAUGACUCAAUUGACUGAUGAUCUUUCGCUUCGAAUGCUUGAAGCCAAUGGCAAGGGUGGAAAUAUUGGACGAUCGAUUACGCUACUGAAAGUGCGAAAGUCCAGAGGCUAUGAACCGACCAGGAAGGAAUUUGUAUAUACAAUUCAAGCAAUCCAAUCUGCAGGUCUCUUUCUGAGAACCAAUCGAAACGUUUACUUGAGUGACAACGAUCAACCACAAAUAGAUGACCCAACGAGGUGGCUGGAUGAUAUUCUCCUCAACAUGAACCAAAGAGAUUUCCCACUGUCAACCGAACUUGCCAACCGGAUGCUGAAUACCUACGCGUCUACUGGAAAAUCUGGAAAGGCUGUUCACUACUUUUAUCGAGUAUUGAGAAAUCCAAUUGAUGAAUCGGUUCUUAACGUAGAAAGUUCCGAACGCAAUAUCGAGGGAAUGGCAGAGUUUCGAAACAAGCCGGUCAAGGUUUCAAUGACAAUGCGUCCACCGCCUCCAUACCACAAAAUUCCUUCGCAAGUGAGAGGAAAGUUGGUUCGAAAACCGGGAUCAGAGAUCAAGCAGCUGAAACUUGACCGGGAGCUUGACCCAGAUUGGAGUGCACCACUUACUGCCGCCAUUUCAUUUGCUGAUUCACUCACCCAAGGAGCUUGUGGUCAUGAGCCAAUUGAACUGGAUCUGAUAGGCUACAGCACUUUGAUCAAGACAUGUGUAAAUAGAGGUAGCUUGUGGAGAGCAAUGCACAUUCUGGACGAAACCAUGCCUUCCAAUGGAAUUGAACCUGAUGUGAUUGCAUACAAUACGCUCUUGAAAGGGCUAUCACGAGUCGGAGAUGCUCCGACGAUGAAAUUAUACUUCAAUCAAAUGCUAGGCAAAGGAAUCUCACCCACAAAAGAAACCGUUGAAGCCAUUGCAGACGGCCUCCUGAAUCUUGGAGACGUGGGAGCUGCCAUCACAUUGGUGCAAGAUAUUUUCAAUCAACAUUCUAUACUGCCACCAUACACCACGCAUCUCAAAAUUCUGGAAUUUUCUUUGGGGCGAUCGCUUGUGCACGAAGCGAAACGACAUGUCUUCUUCAUUCAACAACUCUGGAAGUGGGAACAAAAUGCCUAUCACUCGGAAGAGUUUUGCAAACUAAUGAUUCUGACACAGAAGAAUCCCAAGCUAUCAAGAGAAGCACUUCAAAAGCUCUUUGCCUAUUUUGGGGAGAAGCUAGACGACUCCGACUUCCUUUAGAAUCGUUCCAAUUUGCAAACAAGGCAGUACCUUACAUUUCUAGUGAUUGUCGUGGUCGGUCUUCUUGUCCUCUGGGCCUCAGGUCUAGCAUAUCUUCUGUCGCAACCAACUUCAACUAUAAACCGUGUAUCAUCGGUGGGAGCACUGAGAAGAAGGGUUCAGCCACGGAAAAAGCCAAUGACGCAGCUACUCUCAAGAUCCAGUAGAGUCACUGCUAGUGCUGAUGUCCGUGGGAAUCUCGGACCUGUGAGUGUUGUCAUACAGAAAGAUCCGGGUACCGAUUGGAUAAAGGAUCGAUGGCAAGCUGCUUCCAACAUGCACGGCACUGCCAUCAAAGGGUCUCACUGGGUUAAACUAGACUUUGGAAGAGAGAUCAUAGUUGACAAGAUUAUCUUGGAUUGGGAAGCAGCUUAUGCAAACCAAUACAAGCUGGAAGGUUCACUUUUUGAGCUUAGCGACGACGACGGAGCUGGCAAGUGGAUUCUAUUCGAUGGAACCGAUCCAUCCCAAGAGCAUCGUCGGACAACCGAAAAGUCCGGCCAAUCGCCUGGGGUGAAGGUGGAAACUCCUCUCCAUGUUGUGCAUACUAUCGAUGGAUUCACAGAAAAGAAGCCAAUUCGAUAUCUUCGAGUGUUUGUCUAUCGAAGUGUAAUGGGGUGGGGCGUAUCUUUGUGGCAGUUCGAUGUCUAUGGGACAUAUGCUGAUGAGAUAAGCGAUGACUGA